AUGGGCACAUGUAUGGCAGGAAAAUCAAAAAAGAAACGCACGUAUUUAAAGAGUCUCGGGCAGCUAAAAGUAUCUCCAGGGACUUUCAUCUCAGAAAGAUUAGACAAUUUCAACGACGAAUAUGAAAUUGGUGAUAUGCUUGGAAGUGGGAAAUUUUCAACAGUUUACCAAUGCAGAGAGCGACGAAGCCAAAACCUGCGAGCUGUAAAAAUUAUUUCAAAAGGCGCGCUAGCCGAAGACCAAAAAUCAACCGUAAACAAACUUCAAGAAAUUUCCAUAAUGAAAAAACUAGACCAUCCCAAUAUCCUAAAAGUCUACCAAAUAUUUGAAGAUCACAAGAAUUUUUACAUUAUAAUGGAAUAUUGCUCAGGCGGAGAACUGUUUUCAAAAAUUUCUAACUCCCCCCCCCCCCCUCCGUGAGCGAACAAAAAAAUUUUGUUCGCUCACGGAGGGGGGUUUAAUUUUUUUUUUAAAAAAAAAAUUUAUAUAUAAAUUUUAUAAAAAAUAUUUUUUUCGAAAUUUAAAAAAAUCCUAAUUUGCAAAAAUUGGGAAGCAAAUAUUAAUUUAAUUUGCAAAAUUUAUGUUUUAAAACGCAAUUUGUUUAAAAUUAAACAGAAUUAGCUCUAGAUUUCAUUAUACUAAUUAUCACUUAUAUAUCAAAAUUUUUUUCCAUUAAAAUUUUUUCUAUUAAAAAAUUUUUGUUCACUCACGGAGGGUGGGUUUUUGGUCAAAAAAUGGCGAUUUUUCUAAUGGUUUUGUUCGCUCACGGAGGGGGGGGGGGAGUAAAGAACAUUUUUUUUCUGAAAAAGAGGCUGCGAAAGUGAUGUAUGAGCUUCUAUCUGCAGUUACAUAUUGCCACGAGCUUAAUAUCACACAUAGGGAUUUAAAACCUGAAAAUAUUCUUUUAGAUGAAAAAUCUGAUGAUUUUACUAUAAAAGUGGCGGACUUUGGCAGUUCCGUAUUUUUUGAUAUGAAAAAAAAGCUUUCAGGAAUUUAUGGAUCACUUUUUUAUGUAGCUCCAGAGGUAUUGACUGGCUCUUAUAAUGAAUUAUGUGAUGAAUGAAGCUGUGGAGUCAUUUUGUAUGUGCUUUUAUCAGGCCGUCCUCCGUUUACAGGGAAAAGUGAAGCAGAAAUCCUUCAUAAUAUCCGUUUUGGUGUUUUAAUGACAGAAGGACAAAAUUUUGACAGGGUUUCAGACGAGGCAAAAGACUUGAUAAAGCAGCUUAUAGAUAGAAAUUUAGAUACAAGAUUGAGGGCAAAAGAAGCAUUAAAUCACAGGUGAAUUAAAAAUAAUAAAUCCACCACACUUACUGAGCCGAAUGCGCUUCAUGAUGUAUUAUUGAAUUUGAGGUCGUUUAACUCGAAUAUUAAGCUGAAAAACGCGAUAAUUACGUUUAUUUCAGCACAGCUUGUUACACACACAGAAACUAAAAAACUUCAAGAUGCGUUUAUGAUGAUGGAUAAAGAUGGAGAUGGGAAAGUGAGCCAAAAAGAGUUGCUAGUUAUAUAUAAAGAAGUUGUAGGAGGGAUAAAUCCAGAAAAAGAUGUAGAGGAAAUAAUGAGAAAUGUAGAUACUGACAAUAGUGGGUAUAUUGAUUAUACUGAGUUCAUUCAAGCUGCUUUAAGUCAUGAGAUUCUUUUUUCUAAAAAGAACUUAGAAACAGCUUUUCGACUGUUUGAUAAAGAUGGAAGUGGGACCAUUUCAGCCCAAGAAUUAAGGGAGUGUUUAUCAGAUGGAAGACUGUCUGAUGAUUCAUUAUGGGAAAAAAUAGUAGGAGAAGUAGACCAGAAUGGAGACGGAGAAAUCGAUUUGCGAGAAUUUCAAGAAAUUUUGAUGAAAAAAGUAUAA